GCCGUCUUAGCGCUGGGGCUGCGCCUGUGGCCUCGGCCUCUUCUUUCCGGGUUGGAGCCGCUCUUCCUCUGGCUCCUCCAUAGCUGCUGUUACCCUCAAGGCUCGGGGCCUGGUCACCCUUUGCCCCACCUCACCCUUCCCUCCAUGGGAGCCGUCGCCUCCCCGCACCGCUGGGCUGGACUGAGUCGCUGGUGAAGCUCCACGGAGAGGGAGCCGAUCCGCUUUCCGGAACUCCCCAGCCUGAUAAAUUCUCAUUUUAGCUUCUAUGUAUGAAAUCUGCAUAGAACCUAGAAUAUUCCCCUAUUCAGGACCUAUGGAUGGGUGCCAACUUCUGAAUUUCUUUUGGGUAUCCUGUGAUUUUCACAUGUGGGAAGAUCCUUCAAAGAGUUAAAACACCUUACUGAGGACACCUGACCUUUAGAAACAUCAUAAUUCAUAUCUAGAUGUCACCAGUGUUUCCCAUGUUAACAGUUCUGACUAUGUUUUAUUAUAUAUGCCUUCGGCGCCGAGCCAGGACAGCUACAAGAGGAGAAAUGAUGAACAGCCGUAGAACUAUUGAAUCAAACAGCCGAACUUUACCUAUUAAUUCAGAAGUAGUCCAGUAUGCCAAAGAAGUAUUGGAUUUCAGUUCCCAUUAUGGCAGUGAAAACAGUAUGUCAUACACCAUGUGGAAUUUGGCAGGCAUACCAAAUGUAUAUCCAAGUUCUGGGGACUUUACUCAGGCUGCUGUAUUUCGGACUUAUGGAACAUGGUGGAAUCAGUGUCCUAGUGCUUCUUUGCCGUUCAGGAGAACUCCACAAAACUUUCAGAGCCAAGACUAUGUAGAACUUGCUUUUGAAGAACCAGUAUAUCCUACAGCUGUUCAUGUUUUGGAAACUUAUCAUCCUGGGGCAGUCAUUAGAAUUCUGGCUUGUUCUGCAAAUCCUUAUUCUCCAAAUCCACCAGCUGAAGUAAGAUGGGAAAUUCUUUGGUCAGAGAGACCCACAAAGGUGAAUACUCCCCAGGCUCGACAGUUUAAACCUUGUAUCAAACAGAUAAAUUUUCCUUCAAAUCUUAUUCGACUGGAAGUAAAUAGCACUCUUCUGGACUAUUACACUGAAUUAGAUGCAGUUGUGCUACAUGGUGUGAAGGAUAGACCUGUACUUUCACUUAAGACUUCACUCAUUGACAUGAAUGAUCUGGAUGAAGAGGAUUAUGAAGAUAAAGAUGGCUGUGGAAUGGAGGCUCUUAGCAAACAGUUCAACAGUGCUGCCCUCAAGGAAUGGACAAAUAAUGGCUAUUUUGAUAAACUGCCUUAUGAGCUCAUCCAGUUGAUUUUGAGUCAUCUUACACUUCCUGACCUUUGUAGAUUAGCGCAAACUUGUAAACUACUCUACCAACAUUGCUGUGAUCCUCUACAGUACACUCACCUCAAUUUGCAACCUUAUUGGGCAAAGCUGAAUGACACAUCUCUGGAAUACCUACAGUCUCGCUGCACCCUAGUUCAAUGGCUGAAUUUAUCUUGGACCGGAAAUAGGGGCUUCAUCUCUGUUUCAGGAUUUGGCAGGUUCCUGAAAAUUUGUGGAUCUGAAUUAGUACGCCUCGAAUUGGCUUGUGGCCACUUCCUCAAUGAAACUUGUUUGGAGGUUAUUUCUGAGAUGUGUCCAAAUCUUCAGGAAUUAAAUCUCUCCUCCUGUGAUAAGUUGCCACCCCAGGCUUUCAACCACAUUGCCAAAUUGUGUGGCCUUAAGCGACUUGUUCUUUAUCGAACAAAAGUAGAGCAAACAGCGCUGCUCAGCAUUUUGAACUUCUGUUCAGAGCUUCAGCACCUCAGUCUGGGGAGCUGUGUAAUGAUCGAAGACUAUGAUGUGAUCGCCAGUAUGAUAGGAGCCAAAUGCAAAAAACUUCGUACCCUGGAUCUUUGGAGAUGCAAGAAUAUUACUGAAAAUGGAAUAACAGAACUGGCUUCUGGAUCAGCUUUGGAGGAACUUGAUCUUGGUUGGUGCCCUACCCUACAGAGCAGCACUGGAUGCUUUGCAAACCUUGCACGGAAACUACCAAACUUGCAAAAGCUCUUUCUUACAGCCAACAGGUCUGUGUGUGACACAGAUAUUGAAGAGCUGGCUAAUAACUGCUCUCGUUUGCGGCAGCUAGAUAUAUUAGGGACAAGAAUGGUAAGCCCCGCAUCUUUAAGAAAAUUGCUGGAAUCUUGUAAAAAUCUUUCUUUACUUGAUGUGUCCUUCUGUUCACAGAUUGAUAAUAGAGUUGUUCUAGAACUGAAUGCCAGCUUUCCUAAUGUGUUCAUUAAAAAAAGCUUCACUCAGUGACUCACUACUCUAUGUGCUGCCAUGGAAUUAAUUUGACAUCAUGUGAUUGGUUUUGUUUGUUUUGGGGGUGGACAGAAAUGGACAUAUACUUCUUAAAAGAAAAAUAAGAAAUGAUUGAAAUCAAGGAAAAAGAUAAAAUCAUAUUUUCAUAAAAUAGAGAGCAUCUACAAGAAUUUAAUAUGAACAUGCUUGGGAAUUAUUAAUAAUAAUUCUUAUUAUUCUGUACCUAACUGUUGUUUUACUCAUUAAUCAGUGGUAAUGCACGUUUUAAUCAAUAGUUACAAAUUCAACCUAAAAUAAUUUGCUCUAAUGUAAAAAUUUUAACUCAUAUGUAAAGGAGCAUUUUGUGCAAUAAAGUACUGUGAUAUUUAUAUAAAAAUAAAGUUAAUUUUCCA